CUCCUGGGCCUAUGAAUAGUGGUCUAAUUUUUUGGUUUCUCGGUAAUUUACAGAACUCGUUGUUGCUGUAACAAUCAGAAAACUACUCAGUAUACUGGAAGAAUUCAGAUUUAUCUUCGGAUCAAAAGAGAUCACAAAUCGAGAGAACAAACGCUGUCAGUAAUUUAUUUGGUUUCAAGUGAUCAUGUAUUUAGUGGUGGCAAUUUCUUUGCUGCUGGCUGCUGUUGUGUUGAUCUCCUUGGUACUACUUGAAAGACAUCAUUCAGCAGAUCCAGUGAGGAAGGUGCCUGGCCCAAAGACAAACCUUUUGUUUGGCAAUGUUCUGCAGCUGCCAAGACUACCGAAUGAUCUUGUGACGCAGAUGUUCCAGUGGGUGUACGAGUAUCCCAAUGGGAUGUUUUGUGUGUGGCUUGGGCCAACAUACCCUUUUAUCUUCUUGUACAAACCUGAACUGGUGGAGGUUGUUUUGCAUAGCUCCAAACAUAUCAGAAAGUCUGCAGAUUAUGACUUUUUACAUCCUUGGUUAGGAACCGGCCUGCUGACCAGUGAUGGAUUAAAAUGGAAGACAAGGCGAAGGUUGAUCACUCCAACAUUUCACUUCAGCACUUUGAAUACCUUCCUACAAGUUUUUGAAGAACAAUCAAAAAUUCUGGUUUCAAACCUUGAGAAAAAGGUCAAGACAGGAACUUUCAACAUAAUGCCAUACAUUACUCUGUGUACUCUGGAUAUUAUAUGCAUUACCUCCAUGGACUCCUCACCAAAUGCACAGGGAGAUACUAGUUCUCCAUAUGUCGAGGCAGUUGGAAGGAUAACUGAGUUGAUUCAGAAGCGACAGAGGUCUCCAUGGCUCUGGCCUGACAUUGUUUACUUUUUGACGCCAUCAGGGAGGGAACAUAAUCAUUGUCUUAAGAUUCUUCAUGGUUUUACCAACGAGAUCAUCGACGAGCGAAUCGCCGACAGAGCAGCCAAAAAAAAUGACCCACAAUCCGAAGAAAAUGACACUGAGCAGGGAGAAGAAGGUGAAUUUAAAAGGAAGAGGCGUUUAGCUUUCCUCGAUUUGCUACUGGAGGCCUAUGACAAAGGAGAGAUAUCACGAGAGGGCAUCAGAGAAGAAGUGGAUACGUUCAUGUUUGAGGGCCACGACACCACAGCCGCUGGACUAACGUGGGCUCUCUACCUACUCGCCCGCCAUCCUCAUAUACAGCAGCAAGUCCACGAAGAAGUAGAUAAAUUUUUCGAACAGCGGCCAGAAACCCUCACGGGAGAGGAUCUGAAGGAUUUGCGUUACUUGGAAUGUGUUGUUAAGGAGGCCCAGCGCAUGUUCCCAUCUGUGCCCUUCAUUGCAAGGAGGACGACUGAAGACUGUCACCUGGAUGGCUACCUGGCUCCAAAAGGUACUGCUAUUGGAGUUUGUACAAUCGGACUCCACAGAAACCCAAAGGUGUGGGAAGCGCCGCUCGAGUUUAACCCGGAUCGUUUUCUUCCUGAGAACAGCCAAGGACGCCAUCCAUAUGCAUUUGUUCCUUUCUCUGCUGGGCCACGGAACUGUAUCGGUCAGCGGUUUGCUCUUCAAGAGGAGAAACUUGUCUUGGCUCACGUGUUGCGUAAUUUUACCCUCGACUCCACUCAGACCUUUGAUGAACUCCAGACAUGCGGAGAAAUUAUAACCAGACCAAAGAAUGGAAUAUUCGUCUCUUUAGCCAAACGAUGAUAAGAUAUAUAUGUUAUUUGCCGGCUGGGGGGUCUGUAUAGUGAAAAACUGUGACCGAGGUCACAGUUUUUCACCAUACGGACCGACCCUUAGCCGGUAAAUAAGAUAUUUAUUUUUUUAAACUUGACGAAAUUCUUUCCGAAAGAACCCGAAUGAUUAAGGGCUGUAAAUACGGCAAGAUCUUCCAUAAACUGACAAUUUUUGAGCGAGUAACUGGUAGUUAAAAUAGAGGUAAUGCAAAUUAAAGAGAGGUGAUUUAAAAGGCUUCCAAACAAACUUUGAAUCAUUAUUUUUACAAGUAUCUGUCACGAUCUGACACCUGUCAAUUAGAGAGCGCGUAAGAAGAAAAACAGCAUAAGAAGACUUGAAAAACAACGGAACUAGUUUGGCAAGGACUGUCACGACAAUGUUUACCUCAAAAACAGUCAAUGAUCUAACGGAAAGUAUUAUUCACUCUCAUCGACGAUCUAUUAAUGUACGUAGAUUUACCUCUGUUCAUUAAGUAAACGGCAAGGAAAGUAAUUGUGAGUAAAUUCAUUUUCUUUUUAUUUUGAA